AUGAAGCAAAUUGAUGACUUGAACUAUGAGAAUUAGUCUCCUUAUCUCUCAAAGCUUAAAGCAAUGGAGGCUUUGGAAGAAAGAGAUUAACUCUCUUUGAUGUUCAAGAGAUAGGAAGAGUCUUGUAAGUUAGAAACUGAUUUAGAAAUACCUAGUACAGUAAAAAACUAAUAAGAUGAUGAAAAAGAAGUCAAGUUAUCAAAUAAAGAUAUGGCUUCCAAUAUUACAGAAUUGUAAGGUGAAUAAAAUGAAUAUAAAAAUAAUGUUCUAAGCCCAUUCAUAGAAAGAGAUAAUAAUCGAACUAUGUCUAGAGUUUCUAUUAUGAAUAACAAAAAUCUUAAUAAUAGUUCUUUUAUAAGUAGAAAUCUUAUCUAUGACUAUAAAAAAGUAGAUUCAAUCAAUUAAGAUGGUGAUUAUAAAACUCCAGAAGAUGGAGAUAUUACAUAAAUGCUUGAGUCAUAAAAUUUAUAUCAAGGUAGGAAGGCUAAAUAAUCACGUUUAGUUUAAUAAAACUCGAUUUAAUUGAUAAAUAGCUAAUAAGUAAUAAAAAAUUAAGCAGGAAAUACUGGUAAUGCUUAAAAGGAAUUAAUGAAUAGGUUUUUGAUGAUGUAUGCAAAAUAGAAAAAUCAGAUAACAACACUAGAUGUUAUUGUCAAGUUGAAAAUUAAGCUGCAAGGAUUUUUCGAAAAAUACACAUAUUCAGGCAGAGUAAGACAGAUUAAAAAAAACCCAAAAAUAUGCGAAGCAAUAAAUGAUAAAAGUGAUGGUCAAAUACUCUUGAAAAAAUUGGGAAUAUUUGGAAAAAUUGAGCUGCUUAGCAGAUAAAUUACGAAAUGCAUCUUCAAAUACUCAGGAAAAUUUAAAAUACUGAGUAAAAUACUCUCAUUUUUCCUUAACAUGUUGAAAAAAUUCAUCCGAUUUUCUUAAGGUAAAAUAUCUUCAGUAGAAUUUUUUAAGCCUCACCACACACCUCUACUAAUUUUUAAUUUGUCUUGCAUAGUUUUAAAUUGCAUUUUUCUAUAUUUUCUUUCUGUUUAUGUAGUCUAUUAGAACAUAAUGGAUAUUCCUAAAUCUAUUACUUAUCAUUACUUUAUUCUAAUGCUGGUUUUAUGGAUCAUCGAGUUUUUUGUAAGGAUAAAUACUGCUGAAAUAUUUAGAACAAAUUAUGUACAAAAUAGAAUGCAGACAUUCAGAAAGUAUAUUAAAGAGGGUUUUAUUUCUGAUUUUAUGCCUAUGAUUGGAUUACUCGUUUCUAUAACUAAUGAGAAAGCCCUCUUUUUUGUAUUUUUGAAGUAUCUAGGCUUGAGAAAAGAUAUCGAAAAUGCUGAAAAGAAGUUAUUGAUGAGAUUGAAUAGGCAUUAUUAUAUUUAAAUGAUAAAUUUAGCUGCUAAUAUAUUUCUUAUAGGUCAUGUAAUUGGAAUAAUGUACUACUUAACAGCAAGGAUAGAGUUAGAUUUUUUUGAUGAGACUUAUAGCUGGUUAGAUACUCGUAUAGCUGUUGAAGGAGAUUGGUAUAAGAUAUAUCUUCAAUCUCUCUACUGGGCCUUUACUCUACUUACUACAGGAUCAAAUGAAGUUGAGACUGGAUUAGAAAUGUUUUUUACUACAUUUAUUAUGAUGUUCACUGGUGCUAUAUUUGCUUACAUAUUCAACACAAUAGCAAACAUUAUAGAAGAAAUGAAUCUAGUUGAGUAAGAGAAAAAGAAAGACAUAAAUCUUAUCAAUAAUUACAUGAGAAGGAGGAAAAUAUCAAGCGAAGUUUAACAUAAGGCAAACGAAGAUCUAGAGUUCUUUUACUAAACAAGCUAUAAAAAGAAAUCUGAGGAAGAGAAACAAGUUUUAUCUAAGAUAUCAUUAGAAUUGACUAAUAAAAUGUAGCUUGAAUAUAAUCGAGUUAUUAUCAACAAAAUUAAGGUUUUAACAGAUAAUUUCAGUCCAACCACUAUUGACUCAAUAUGCUUUAAAGUAGAUGAAUAAUUUUAUUCCCCAAAUCAGAUAAUAAUAGAAUAAGACUCUCAAUUUUAUUAAAGUCCUUCUUUAAUAUUCAUAGUCAACGGAAGUGUUGAAAUAUUUGAAAAACUCAACAACUAAAAUGAAGCAGCUACUACAUAAUUAAUUUCAGGCACAUAAGAAAAUAAUUCAAUCUCAGUUGUAAAAGAAUAUAAAAAAGGCGAUAUAAUAGGAGAAGUUAACUUCUUUAAUGGUUAGUCGAUGAAUAUUUUUAUGAGAUCUCAGGAUUUUACAACUAUUUUGAAGAUUGAUAGGGAUAUUUUUCUUGACGUUUUGAAAAACAACCAGAGAGAUUUUUAGAAGUUUUGUGAAAUAAAAGAUAAAAUUCUACUUUAUUCUGAAUUUAAAUCUCUAAAUUUGAAGUGUUCAAUUUGUAGAAGCAGCUAACAUCUACUAUAAAAUUGCCCAUUGUCGCAUUUCAGGUCAGAUAAUCCAUUUUUAUUUGCAAAGUAUAAUAAAAGUGUUGAUUAAUAAAGAGAUAAAGAGUAUGAAAGAAAAAUCCCACAGUAAUUUAAUGCUUACACAGAUAUGUUUAUUAUUUGUAGUUCAGUGAAUAAGAUUUUAGAUUAAAUAUAAAUAGACUCUCAGUUAGAUCAAAUUUAUAGUUCUUUGACUAAUAUGACUGAAGAAGAAAUUUAGGAAGAAGAAGACCAAGAUCUAGAGGAUGAUUAAAUAACUCAAACACUUACUAAGACAAAAGACAAUUCGGUUGCUCUACCAAAUAAUAAUUAAAAUAAUCAAUCUUAGUUAUCAGUUAUUCCUCCUAUUGAAUAAUCAGCUCUAAUGCCUUAGCAGUCAGUAUAAUUAUAUGGGCAUAGAAGCAGAAGGUAAUCAAGAGAGCAUUCAUUUUUACCUUCUGUUGAAAAAAACUACUUAACAAACUAGUUAUCAAUACAUAAUCCUUCUAGCUCAUAUUAAUAGUUCGAGAGUUACUAAAUCUUAGCAAACAGUGAUUAAUAGAAUAAUUUCAAUGGAAAUCAUUCUCCUAUAGAAAAAUAAUUAAGCUAAGGAUAAUAAAUUUAAGUAAGAUUUGAAGAAAACUAUAAUAGAGAACCUUCAAGCACAAGUCUAAAAGAGAACAACUAAACUUAACCAAUAUUUUUAAGAAGAAGGCAUGAACAAACAAUCAUCACAUAAAUAAAAAAUUUUUUGAAGGAUCCUAACUAUUUCAAUGUACGAGAAGAGAGCAUACGUACUUAAUCAUAAUCUAAAAAUAACAGCAAAUAAAUUUAAAAAUAACAACAAGCAGUUAAUCAUAUUACCGAUACAUAAUAUGGUUUAAAUAUGGAAAAAAUCAAAUAGUAAAAUUUCUAUUGGUACUUUGAUCAUUAAAAAGAUUUUUUACAUUAUUUCCCAGAAGGAAAUAUGUUCUUACAAAUUCAAAAGUACAAUAACAAAAAGAAGAAAAUUAAAGAUAGAAACCAACCAUUGACCUCAAGAAAGGAUUCCUUUUCACCAGUUAAGAAAGCAAAAAAAAGCAUGAAAAGAAUAUAUUGA